GUUUAGCAGGACAAUGGUGUCGUCGCUGUUAUUUAUUUUGAUGCCCAAACGGGCGCAUUUUCGCCAGAAUCUGCUCUGUCCGUGAGGAUUUCCCCACACUGCCUUUAACAUAUUUUUAGUCGGGUGGAUUUUUCCCCCUCUCCCAUUUUUCCGUCGGUUUGUCUUUAAGAUAGCGGGCUAUUAAUUUUUAAUUCUUAUGCAUCCGCACGAAGAAGGGACCAGAGAGGAGAAAACGAGUGAUAACUAAAGGGGAAGAGAAGGAGAAGGAGGCAAGUGAGGUUGGAAGCGAGAAUGAAAGAGACACACUGAGCAAUCAAGGAAAAGGAGAUUGGAGGAAUCAAGGGAAGGUCCUCUAUCCUUGCCUCGUCAUCAGCAGGGUACCAGAGUUAAGGAUCACCUACGCAUUAGCACCACCCUUUGCCCUGCCCCUUGGUCAGCCUCCAACAUGGCUCUAGCAGUCUGGAUCAUCUUCACCUGUGCUGUUGCUUUCAGCAACGUUGCUCCAUCCUCACCAGCUCUGAGCCGGUCAAUGAUGCCCUUCGGCUUGAUGCGUCGAGAGCUGGCAUGUGAAGGCUACCCGAUUGAGCUGCGCUGCCCUGGAAGUGAUGUCAUCAUGAUUGAGACAGCCAACUACGGCCGCACCGAUGACAAGAUCUGUGACGCAGACCCCUUCCAGAUGGAGAAUGUGCAGUGUUACCUGCCUGACGCCUUUAAAAUUAUGUCACAGAGGUGUAAUAACCGCACCCAGUGUGUGGUGGUAGCGGGGUCGGACGUGUUCCCAGACCCAUGCCCAGGAACCUACAAGUACCUGGAGAUCCAGUAUGAGUGUGUCCCCUACAUCUUUGUGUGUCCGGGGACGCUGCUGCGAGUUCAGCCGGCUAGCUUACUGCAGGAGGCUGAGCACCAGGCAGGGGCGUGGUGUAAGGACCCGCUGCAGUCUGGGGACCGUCUCUACGUCAUGCCCUGGACCCCCUAUCGCACUGACAUGCUGUAUGAGUAUGCCUCCUGGGAAGACUUCAAACAGAACCGAGCCACAACCACCUACAAGUUGCCCAACAGAGUUGAUGGCACAGGGUUUGUGGUGUACGAUGGUGCAGUGUUUUACAACAAAGAACGCACACGAAACAUUGUAAAGUAUGACUUGCGGACACGCAUCAAGAGCGGCGAGGCCAUCAUCACAAACGCCAACUACCAUGACACCUCGCCCUACCGCUGGGGAGGGAAAUCGGAUAUUGACUUGGCUGUGGAUGAGAACGGCCUCUGGGUAAUCUAUGCCACUGAGUCCAACAAUGGACGACUGGUGGUCAGCCAGGUGAACCCCUACACCCUGCGCUUUGAAGGCACCUGGGAGACCAGCUUUGACAAGAGGAUGGCAUCCAACGCCUUCAUGGCGUGUGGUGUGCUUUACGCCGUGCGGUCCGUCUACCAGGACGAUGACAGCGAAUCAGGCGGCGACCUUGUGAUGUAUGCCUAUAAUACGAACCGAGCCCGCGAGGAGCCUGUUAACAUCGCUUUCCCCAACCCCUAUCAGUAUAUUUCCUCUGUGGACUACAACCCUCGAGACAACCAGCUUUAUGUCUGGAACAACUAUAAUGUGCUGCGCUAUCCGCUGGAGUUUGGACCACCAGACCCCACUACGGGCCCAUUGACCACCACUCAAGUGACCACCACUCUUCCAGCCAGGCCCUUCACCUCCAGUGCCAGCCCCUCUACCGCCCGGCCUCUGGCCCCCACCUCACACCCAAUCGGCUCCAUCAACAAGCACCCUGAUCUUCGACCAAUCACAGCCACGGUGCCUGUCACCCGCCGGCCACCCCUCCCUCCUCAAGGCUCGGAGCCCCAUGUCUGUGAGGCCAAGCUGGUCCGUGGUGUCCAAUGGCCCUCCACUCAGAGAGGAGAAACAGUAGACCGCCCAUGUCCCAAAGGAUCUCUAGGCAUAGCUUCGUUCCAGUGCUUGGAGGAGCAGGUCAUGUGGAACCCACGGGGUCCUGACCUGAGUAACUGCACCUCCCCGUGGGUCAACCAGGUGGCCCAGAAGAUAAAGAGCGGCGAGAAUGCUGCCAACAUAGCUGGAGAGCUGGUGAACCACACACGGGGCCGGAUCCAGGCUGGAGAUGUCAGCUCGUCUGUGCGACUGAUUGAGCAACUGCUGGACAUACUGGAUGCCCAGCUUCAGGCCCUGAGGCCCGGAAACAAGGAGUCAGCUGCACGAAACUACAACAAGCUCCAGAAGCGAGAGCGGACCUGUCGGGCCUACAUUCAGGCGGUAGUGCAGACAGUGGACAACUUGUUACGUCCCGAGGCCCUGGAGUCGUGGCAGGACAUGAACAGCACAGAGCAGGCCCACACUGCCACCAUGCUACUGGACGUCCUGGAAAAGGGAGCUUUCCUUCUGGCCAACAACAUGUAUGGGAUUCACUUUUCUGACCGAGCGCCCAGCAUUGAUCUCGAGGUGCAUGUUCUAAACACAGAGAUGGACCUGCAGGACUUGUCCUUUCCACAGAACUAUGCCAGCGACAGCACCAUCCAGCUUUCAGCUUCCACUAUCAAACAGUACAGUCGUAACGGACAAGUCAAGGUGGUGUUCAUUCUUUAUAAAAACUUGGGAUCCUUCUUGUCCACUGAGAACGCCACGGUGAAGAUGGAAGUGGAUGGGCCAAGCCACGAUAAGAAGCGCCUGGCGGUCAACUCCCAUGUAAUUGCUGCGUCCAUCAACAAAGAGUCCAGCAGAGUGUUUCUCAUCGAGCCAGUGGUCUUCACACUCAAACAUCUACAGUUGGAUGAUUAUUACUCUCCAAAUUGCUCCUUCUGGAACUACUCGGAGCGCUCCAUGACAGGCCAGUGGUCGUCACAGGGCUGCAAGCUGCUGGACACCAACAACACACACACCACCUGCUCCUGCAGCCACCUCACCAACUUUGCCGUGCUCAUGGCUCACCACGAGCCCGAUUACCAGGGGAGAAUGCAUGAACUGAUCCUGUUUGUGAUCACCUGGGUGGGGAUUGUCAUCUCCCUAGUGUGUCUAGCCAUCUGCAUCUCCACUUUCUGCUUCCUGCGAGGCCUGCAGACUGACCGCAACACCAUCCACAAGAACCUCUGCAUCAACCUCUUCAUCGCCGAGUUGCUCUUCCUCAUCGGCAUCGACAAGACAGAAUACCAUAUUGCCUGUCCCAUCUUUGCUGGCCUUCUGCAUUUCUUCUUCUUGGCUGCCUUCUCCUGGAUGUGUCUGGAGGGUGUGCAACUCUAUCUCAUGCUGGUGGAGGUCUUUGAGAGCGAGUACUCCCGCAAAAAGUACUACUAUCUGUGCGGAUACUGCUUCCCCGCACUGGUGGUGGGCAUCUCUGCGGCUAUAGACUACAGGAGCUAUGGAACCAAGAAAGCAUGCUGGCUGCGAGUGGAUAACUACUUCAUCUGGAGCUUCAUUGGACCCGUUUCAUUUGUUAUUAUGCUCAACCUCAUUUUCCUCAUGAUCACUUUACACAAGAUGAUCCGCAAUUCUUCAGCACUCAAACCUGACUCCAGCCGUCUGGAUAACAUUAAGUCAUGGGCUCUGGGGGCCAUUGCUCUGCUGUUCCUGCUGGGCAUGACGUGGGCCUUUGGCCUCCUCUUUAUUAAUGAGAACACAGUAAUCAUGGCCUAUCUCUUCACCACCUUCAACGCCUUCCAGGGCAUGUUUAUCUUCAUCUUCCACUGUGCACUGCAGAAGAAGGUUCAUAAGGAGUACAGUAAGUGUCUGCGUCACUCCUACUGCUGCAGCCGCACCUCCACCACCAGCUCCCACGGCUCCCUGAAGAACUCAGGCCUGCGUGCCAACAACCGCUACUACAGCGGCAGCCAAGCUCGCCAUGCAGCGGCCCACCGACAGAGUCGGAUCCGCAGGAUGUGGAACGACACGGUUCGAAAGCAGACAGAAUCUUCUUUCAUGGCGGGAGAUAUCAAUAGCACCCCGACACUCAACCGCGCAACCAUGGGCAACCACCUUUUGACGAACCCAGUGUUACAGACUCGCACUGGUACCUCUCCUUACAACACUCUGCUGGCUGAGAGCUUCACCCCACCCUCACCUGGCGUCUUCAACUCUACCGGAACCUUCCGUGACCCAAAGAGCACGUUAUCAAAGGCCCGCGACCCCUGUGGGAUGGAAACCCUGCCCUUGAAUGGUAACUUCAACAACAGCUACUCCCUGCGCACUGGCCCAGGGGGUGUAGGCGGGGGCAGCUGUGACUUCCUUGGUGGUGGGGGUAAAGACAGCCCCCCGCCCCUCCUCAAUCCCCGCGGCUCAGAGGCACUGGUAGGCGGAGGCAUCCGACGAAACCUCUCUGAUGCUGCGGCCUUCGAGAAAAUGAUCAUCUCUGAGCUUGUGCACAACAACCUAAGAGGUGGUGUUGGAGGAGGAAGUGGAGGAGGUGACGUAGCAGACAGGGUGUGCGGCAGCCUGGCCAGGGGACGUCCUCACGGUGGGGUUGGUCGGGGGACUUCAGGUGCCGGGCCAGAGCCAUGUAUGAGCAUGGAUGAAGACGAAGACUUUCUGAGAGAGGGGCGGCAGCACACCCCGCAGGAUGUGGAGCUGCUUUAUAAAGCUCUGGAGGAGCCCCUGCUGUUGCAGCGAGCCCAGUCGGUCCUCUACCAAAGCGAUCCAGAGGAGUCAGAGAGCUACACGGCCGACCUCACUGAGAGCCUGGGCAACAGCGGCCACAGUGGCCAGAGUGCUGGUGGGCAGGCAGGCAACAGGGCGCCAGACUCCCCUGCCCGUGACUCCCUGUACACCAGCAUCACCAACCUGCGAGACUCACCCUACCCUGACAGCAGUCCUGAGCCCCUGGAGGUGGUCCCCCGUACGGCCCAGCCCCCUGAGGAGCUGUACUACAGCUCCGGGAGGCCUGCCCUGGGCUCUCGUGGGGCCCCCAUGCAGACCUUCUACCAGGCCCCACCCAGGAGACCGAGUGGGGAAGGACACCUGGCUCAGGAGCCUGUCCACAGUGAGGGUGAUGGACAGAUGCAGCUGGUCACCAGCCUGUGACUGGAGCCUGAAGGAGGAAGUUGGGGACUAAUAUGAUGGCCAAAGCCGCCUCCUUGCCCGCCUCGUUCUUGUGUCUCUCCACUUUCUGCUUGUUUGGUUGCCUUUCUUUCUCUUGACUUUUAUUUAACUACUGUAACAGAUGAGCAAACAGAGUGACCUUCAGGUGGAGUCGUGCGUGACUCUGCAGAAUCAGCCUUUCUCUCUAACCCUCCCCCGUCUUAUGGAGAUGAGUGAUAGGUGUUUUUUCCGCAGAGCAUUCAUCGGCUCCCUGCAAACCCCAGUCCUCCCCAUUUCCUUUGGUACCCUAAGGCCAAGUCCAGCACUCUGAAUGUACCAAUCCACCCCCUUUACCUUCAGAUAUUUCAAAACUUUAAAACUUUGUUAAAGUUUUUUUAUGUAAUUUCUCUUCAGACCUGCCUCCGGAGAUGGGAAUAUCAUUUUAUAUUUUAUCUCAUUUCCCUUUCGUACCAUAUAUAGGUAUUUUUUGAGUCAUCAUGUGAUUGGAGUAGUUAGCUGUGGAGACAGGGAAUAUAGUUCACUAUUAUAACCUAAAAAAAUGUCUCAGAGAAAGCUCUUCAUUGUUGCCAAAAAUAUCUUUUAUUGAGCCAGAACAGAAACUAGAACAUUCACACAUACACACACACACGUACACACACACACACACACACACACACACACACACACACACACACACACACACACACACACAUGCUCACUCAUCCAGAAGUGCUCAUUACUGAACAUCAAGAGUGAAAACAGUACUCCAUCUAAGUAAAAGGGAACAAGAGCUUUUGUUCCAAGCAGGCAGUGGGAGCUGAUUCAGAGUAGUUGCCUUCAUUUUCUCUUGCUGCGAAUCAACGACUAUGUACAGAAGUGGAGUAGAGGCAGAGACGGAGACUCACGAGGUGCUGCACCACCCCUCCAGAGCGGGAGAACCUGCAUCCAUAAGACUGGCCAAUCCUCUCCACUCUUCUCUCUGGUUGUUUGCUUUAGGAAUUUGAAAAGUUAAAUGACUGCCUUGCUAUUGUUUUUAAAGGAGUAUUCAAUUUGUUGACUUUGGGUCUGCAUCCUCUGCAGGAGCGGACUGGUGUCGCCCCCUACCCCUGUACUUUGCUGUUAGAGCCUAGCCAGUUGAAGUGGACUUGUUUCCCGUGUGUGGUUGUGACAAACAAGACUGUAAACGCCGCAAACGCACUGGUCAGCCAAUUGGUAUAAGCGUGUACAUAGGAACCACACAUGAAUCUACUUUAUUCCUACUAUGUAAAUAGAGACACCAGAUGAUCAAAAGCAACAAAAAGUAACAAAUACUAUGAAACAUGACUUCUUGUACUGCAACAAACCAACAAAAGAAAAAAAUAAAAUGUUUUGGAGUUUGUGAACUGAAUGAUAAACUCUAUCUCUCUCCCCCAUGGCUUGAUCCCUCGCUCUCACUCUUCUGUGCCAUCCAGUGAAAAAUCCUUAGUAAUCCAAUGGAGAGAGAAAG